GUUUGCAGAUGUCCAGUUUUGAAAGGGUGAAUUUUCAGUCAUCGUUGUAGAAGAUCCCACUAGGAUCUGCUGUCUGGCAGAAAGCAAGACCACAGGAACUGUAAUUCUGGACAUCACCCUAAUCCCCAAAUGCACAUUAUGAGAGCCAGCUGGGCACCGUACCACUGUAGGAUGCUUCGCCAUGCCCUAGGAAAAACCUUCCGAUUUCUGGGGUACACGGUGCAAUAUGGCUGCAUAGCACACUGUGCCUUUGAGUACCUUGGAGGAAUUGUUGUGUGUUCUGGACCUUCCAUGGAACCAACCAUUCAGAACUCUGAUAUUGUCUUUUCGGAGAGCCUCAGCCGUCACUUUUAUUGCAUUCGAAAAGGAGAUAUUGUAAUUGUGAAAAGCCCAAAUGACCCCAAAUCAAAUAUCUGUAAAAGAGUAAUUGGCUUGGAAGGGGAUAAAGUCUGCACAAGCAACCCUUCAGAUUUCCUUAAGAGUCACAGCUAUGUGCCUAAAGGACAUGUUUGGUUAGAAGGUGAUAAUCUCAGGAAUUCUACAGAUUCCAGGUGCUACGGACCCGUUCCUUAUGGGCUGAUAAGAGGACGCAUUUGUCUUAAGAUAUGGCCUCUGAAUGACUUUGGAUUUCUACGUGCAAGCCCCAAUGGCCACAGAUUUCUUGAUGAUUAAAAGACUUGAGCUACUACUGACAGUUUUCAUAGUAUUUUCUACUAAAACGAAUGGAACUAUUUUUGUUUAGAAUAAACACAAAUAUGACUUGAGAAA